AUGGAUCAAUAUAUGCGAUAUAGAUUGGCUGAACAUGAUGAAGAUUGUGUAGAAUCAUUUACAGAUUUGUUGACAGUUAAUAAUGGUAAAAAGAAUACUAGAGGUGCGACACAAAUGCGUGAUAUUUGGGGUAAUCGUGAUGGUAAAAAAGUACAAAUCACAUGUAAUGAAUAUGGGCAGCCACAUGAUAAAAACGCAAGCAGACUUACAAAUUUUAUUGGGACAUUAGUACGAGAUGGAAAAAAUGCUCUAAUUAACUAUAAGAGUUGGCAUAAGGUACCAGACAAAUAUAAAGAUAGAAUGUGGAAAAUUAUACAGGAAAAUUUUGAUAUUCCUCCUUUGGCAGAAAAUUGGACUAUGCGGUCUUGUGGUAAGGAACUUAAAAAUUGGAAAGCUUUUCUGAAGAAAACUUAUUAUUCAGAAACUUUAUCUUUUGAGGAGCAAAAAAGAUAUAAGGACAAAAGAGUAUAUGAUGGGCAAUGGGAGGAAUUAAUAAAAUAUUGGGCAACAGAUGAUGCAAAGAAAAGGAGUGCCACAAACAAGGCUAGUCGUAGUCAAAAGAAAUACAAUCAUACAACUGGCACAAAAAGUUUUGCACAAAUUAGAGAUGCACAGAAAAAGAAUGGUGGAAGUACACCGACACGUGCUGAUAUGUUUAAAAUCUGUUAUACAAAAAAAGAUAAAAGUGUAACUGAUACAACAAAAGAAGUAAUGGUACAAUUACAAGAGAAACAAGAGUUGAAUGAGGAUGUAUCAAAGGAAAGGAGUAUGAAUGACACUUUCUCUGAGGUAAUGGGUAAAGAAAAAUACGGAUCAGUCCGUAUGUACGGUUUUGGUGUUUGCCCAUCCGACGUAUGGGAAAAUAAAUCCACUAAGAGAGGAAAUCAAAGGAAGUAUAUACAGACUCUAGAAGCUGAAUUAAAAGAAUUAAGAUCUCUAGUUCAAACCAACAAACAUGACUACAAUGCAAAUGACACAUCUAUUAUACCGGACAUGGCAAAAAAGUCGUGUACAUCACAUAACAAGGAAUCUCAACGCCAAUUGUGGUUUUCAUCAUCAGCAUAUGAUACUCCAGUUAUUGAGGUUGGUGAAAUGGUUAAUCUUAAAAGCGUUGCUGCUGAUCCUGAAACAAUUGCUAUUGGUCUAGUUGUUAGUAAAGAUUCAUCAAAAGAAGUUGGAGGUAAAGAGCUCGGAGAUCAUUAUUCUGAAGUUGUUGUUCAAGUUUGUAUCAAACCCGACGAAGAAUUAAUUAGACCAUGUGGACAAUACAAGACAAUCAGUGAAGUUGUUGGAGCACCUAUUGCAUGGCCGACAACAUUUUUGGUUUCACGAAAAUCAGAUAAACAACUUCAUGAUUCAAUGAUGUGA